AUGCAGAAAGACCCAGAGACCCAGAGAUGGGAAGAGAAGGGUUCUGAGGGAGAAAGUGACAGAGAGGAGGAGCGACACGGGGGAGCGGGAGGGAAAGACCCCAACGGAGAAAGGGGGAGCGAGAAAGAGAGACAGGGCCAGGGCCAGAGAGACGGACACGGGCAGAAACACACACAGGGAGGCAAAGAGAAAGGAAGACCAAGAGACACAGACGGAGAGCAGGGGAGGCUGCUGCGCAGACUGAGGCGGACGCAGGGCGAGCCUCGCCCCCAGGCCCGCCAGGGAGGCGAUGGCGGACGCCGGGCAGAUGUGAGAAACGCGGAGCCGCGCCCCGCGGACCGACAGACAGACAGGCCGGGAGAGGUCUGGCGGGGCGGGGCGGGGCGGGGCGGGGCGGGGCGGCGCCGGUGCCCGCGGGUCCCGGGCGGAGCUGGGACAGAGGGGCGGGCGGCCGGCAAGAAGGGGAAGGAAGCGGAGGUGCCGGGCGGGCGCGGGGCGCGGGCAGGAAGCGGGGAGGGGCGGCGGGGCGGGGGCCUCCGGAAAAACGCCCCAACUUCCUGCCCCGCCAGAGCCAGGAAGCGGGAGCCGGGACCCAGGGCCCGGGAUCGCCGAGCCCGACCUCGGGCGCCCCGCCGGUCACCUCCCCGCGCGGACACCAGCCCUGCACAGCCCAUGGAGGCCGAAGACGUCGCCCGAGGGGCGGCCCCAGGGCACCCCCGGCCUGGCCUGGUGCCCGUCAGCAUCAUCGGGGCUGAGGACGAGGAUUUUGAGAAUGAGCUGGAGACGAAUGCAGAGGAGCAAAACAGCCAGUUCCAGAGCCUGGAGCAGGUGAAGCGGCGCCCAGCCCACCUCAUGGCCCUCCUGCAGCACGUGGCCCUGCAGUUCGAGCCGGGACCCCUGCUCUGCUGCCUGCACGCGGACAUGCUGGGCUCACUGGGCCCAAAGGAGGUCAAGAAGGCCUUCCUCGACUUCUACCACAGCUUCCUGGACAAGGUCGCGGUUCUGCGGGUGCCAGUCCCUGCUUCUGUCGCCUUUGAACUUGACCGCACACGGCCCGAAUUCCUCUCUGAGGACAUCCAGCGGCAAUUCGUGCAGGAGGUGGUGCAGAGCCAGCAGGCAACCGUCAGCCGGCAGCUGGAGGACUUCCGUUCUAAGCGGCUCAUGGGCAUGACGCCCUGGGUGCAGGAGCUGGCCCAGCUGGAGGCCUGGGUUGGGCGGGACCGCGCCAGCUUUGAGGCCCGGGAGCGGCAUGUGGCCGAGCAGCUGCUGACCCACCUGGAGGAGAUGCAACACACCAUCUCUACCGAUGAAGAAAAGAGUGCCGCUGUGGUCAACGCCAUCGGCCUGUACAUGCGCCACCUUGGAGUGCGGACCAAGAGCGGGGACAAGAAGUCAGGGAGGAAUUUCUUCCGAAAAAAGGUGAUGGGGACCCGGCGGUCAGACGAGCCGACCAAGACCAAGAAAGGACUGAGCAGCUUGCUAGAUGCCGCACGCUGGAACCGGGGAGAGCCACAGGCCCCGGAUUUUCGACACCUUAAAGUCGAGACUGAUGCUGAGAAGCCAGGCCUUACAGAACGGAAGGGAGGCCUGGGGGUGCCCUCCCGGGACCGGAAUGUCGGGGCUCCUGGGCAGGACACCCCCGGAGUUUCUCUGCACCCUCUGUCUGGGGACAGCCCCGACCGGGAACCAGGUGUUGAUGGCCCACUGGAGCUGGGGGACCCACCCCCACAGGGCCCAGCAAGCCUGGAGCUCCCAGCGCCCGCCGAGAGCACCGAGGAGGGUGCUGAUACAGAGAGCCCCGAGCCUGGAGAUGAGGGGGAGCCAGGGCGGUCGGGACUAGAGCUGGAACCCGAGGAGCCCCCCGGCUGGCGGGAGCUCGUCCCCCCAGACACCCUGCACAGCCUGCCCAAGAGCCAGGUGAAGCGGCAAGAGGUCAUCAGCGAGCUGCUGGUGACGGAGGCAGCCCACGUGCGCAUGCUCCGGGUGCUGCACGACCUCUUCUACCAGCCCAUGGCGGGAGGGGGCUUCUUCUCCCAGGAGGAGCUACAGAACAUCUUCCCCAGCCUGGACGAGCUCAUCGAGGUGCAUUCCCUGUUCCUUGACCACCUGAUGAAGCGGAGGCAGGACAGUGGCUACCUCAUUGAGGAGAUCGGAGAUGUGCUGCUGGCCCGGUUUGAUGGUGCUGAGGGCAAAUGGUUCCAGAAAAUCUCCUCCCGCUUCUGCAGCCGCCAGUCGUUUGCCUUAGAGCAGCUCAAAGCUAAACAGCGCAAGGAGCCUCGCUUCUGUGCCUUUGUGCAGGAGGCAGAGAGCCGGCCACGGUGCCGCCGCCUGCAGCUGAAGGACAUGAUCCCCACAGAGAUGCAGCGUCUGACCAAGUACCCCCUGCUCCUGCAGAGCAUCGGGCAGAACACAGAACAGUCUGCGGAACGGGAGAAAGUGGAGCUGGCGGCUGAGUGCUGCCGGGAAAUUCUGCACCAUGUCAACCAAGCCGUGCGUGACAUGGAGGACCUGCUGCGGCUCAAAGAUUAUCAGCGGCGCCUGGACUUGUCCCACCUGCGGCAGAGCAGCGACCCCAUGCUGAGCGAGUUCAAGAACCUGGACAUCACCAAAAAGAAGUUGGUUCACGAGGGCCCGCUGACGUGGCGGGUGACAAAGGACAAGGCUGUGGAGGUCCACGUGCUGCUGCUGGACGACCUGCUGCUGCUGCUCCAGCGCCAGGACGAGCGGCUGCUACUCAAGUCGCACAGCCGGACACUGACACCCACACCUGACGGCAAGACCAUGCUGCGGCCGGUGCUGCGGCUCACCUCCGCCAUGACCCGGGAGGUGGCCACCGAUCACAAAGCCUUCUAUGUCAUCUUUACCUGGGAUCAGGAGGCUCAGAUAUACGAGCUGGUGGCGCAGACAGUGUCGGAGCGGAAGAACUGGUGUGCCCUCAUCACCGAGACCGCCGGAUCCCUGAAGGUGCCUGCCCCUGCUUCCCGCCACAAACACCGGCCCAGCCCAAGCAGCACCCGUGAACCCCUGCUCAGCAGCUCUGAAAAUGGCAGCUGUGGCCGUGAGAUGCCCCCAGCUGAUGGCCGGAUCGAGAGAAUCCCCAGCGCCCUCCUGCCCUUCUGCAGACUCGGCCCUGAGGGCCAGCUCGCUGCCAAGGCCCUUGGGAAAGUGCUGUCCCUGAAGCAACUCCUGUUUCCCGUGGAGGAAGACAGCGGGGCGGGGCCUCCCCGUGAAGGAGAGGGGGUCCCAGGGGGUGGCCCCCUGAGCCCGGCACAGACCCAGGAAAUUCGGGAGGAGCUACUCAGCCUGGAGGAGACCAUUAAACAGCUGGAGGAGGUGGAGGAGGAAUUUUGUCGCCUGCGAGUCCUUCUGUCUCAGCUUGGGGAGAACACCAUCCCCCAGCCUGGCUGUACCUGAGGCUCCUGCCCCAGGCAGGCCUUUUGCAAGAAGGAGAGGACGUGAGGGCCACCCCCCAACCGUACAGCUGCUGCAGCAUCUCCAACCCCAAGGGCCUGAGGAGAAGGUGCCAGGCUGCCGGGGCCACGCCUGGGCGGGCCCAGCUGGGAUCACUGUCCCGCCAACCUCCCAUGGGCCUUGGCCUUCUCUCCUGCCUUCUGCUUGGGAGACUCAGGGCUUCAUUCCGAGGGAGCACCACGGUGACCCCAGUUUCCCGGGCCAUCUCAGUAUUGCCUGGGGGGCCACCCCCCACCCCCAAGUGCCUUUGCUCUGUUUUUAUACCCUGAAUUGGAGGUUUAUUUUUUAAUAUAUAUUAUCUAAG